GGCGAAGAACGAGAAAUUUCGUGACAAGGAGGGUUCUCGACAAUAUGCAGUAGACCGAAUAAGGACUUAGGAAAGGUGAUUAGUUAGGAUGCAAAUGGUGUAGAGCCUUCCGUGACUCGCUAAACUACACACCCAUCCUCGACACCUAUCUAGCGAGCAAGCAACCCGCAUUCGCCAGCUCUGCGCUACUUUAUUUCCACGAAAAUGACUAUCGGACUGAACGAGAGUUACCCCAAGGGUACCAAAGGUAUCCUGAAAAUGCUUGAGAUUGUAGUCACGUGCAUCGCGUUUGCUCUAAUUAUUGACCACUUCAGUGGCUGGUAUAAACAUGGUAAGGUUGAUUUCUUCGUGUCCCUGCACAUCGCGGCGUUUAUAAUUGCGAUCAUAUUUUUCAUCGUGUUCCUUAUCAACCUGGACAACACUCUUGGCAACAGCCGCUGCUGGAACAUUCUGGAUCUAGUGGCGUGCAUCAUCUUGGGUAUCCUGUGCAUUGUUUCCUCUGCGCUCCUCGCCGAUCACUACAGUUCGAAUUGCAGGGGUUGUGGAAAAUACAUCGGUGGAUUUGUCUGCGGUUUCAUCUCUGCAAUACUCUUCCUCAUCGAUGCUGUGGUUCAUUUCAAGGAAAUCCGUUAAUCACUGAGUAUCUGGGAACGGGUACUUCACUAUCUGCUAGAAAACAUACAAAUAAGUUAGUUUUUCUAUUUUCGCCAAGGUUAACAUGGCUGACGGUUACUGUUUUUUGUAGUAGUGUUUUGACACUUUUUUUCAACUAGAUUGCAAUGUAUUAAGAUGUUGUUAAAUAAAGCAAUAGGAUUUUCCGUGUGAA